UAACACUCGACACUGUGAGCAGAGAACUCGAGAGAAGAGAUAAAGAGAAAAUCAACUAUUGAAACGUAGAAGAGAAAAAACAAACAUGCUGCGAAUGCCUUUGACUGGAGCUAUUAUAUGCUUAGUGCUUGUACAGUUUGUGAACUCGGCACCAAGAAACGUGGAUGACGUGGCUAAAAAAGUAUGCCAAAAUAAACCGGCUGAGAUAAUCUUCUUAAUGGAUUCCUCAUCCAGUAUUUGGUACAUUGACUUUGCAAAGCAGAUCAACUUUGUCAGUGACAUGGUUGACCACUUCGAGAUCGGACCUGACAAGACCCGCAUCGGUGUCGGAUCCUUUGCAUACAAAUAUCGGCCAAACUUCGGACUUGACUCUUACGACAACGCUGAGGAUAUCAAAACGGCGAUAAAGGCCAUUCCCCAGUACCUCGGUGGAACGUACACAUAUGAUGCCCUGGACGGGGUGAGGACCCGGGCUCUUGACAAGGACAUCGUACGUGCCGGAGUGGUCAAGAUAGUGAUCGUGUUGACAGAUGGCGAAUCGUACAAUGCACAUAAAACAAAGGUCGCUGCAAUGAAACUUAAGGAGGAUGCCGUGGUGUUUGCUGUAGGUAUUGGCGAGAAGACGGAUGAUCAGGAGCUGCGGGCCAUCGCCAGCGAGCCGAGCGACGAGUACCUCUUCCACGUCGGAAACUACGGGCUGCUCGAUACCAUUAAAGAGGCGCUUGCCGUAACCGCGUGUAAAGUUGAAUUGAAUGACGGUGAAUAUGCCGAGGUAAAUCGAGGACCUGCAUGCGGCGCCGAAAGAUCAGCUGACGUCAUGUUUCUGAUGGAACCAAAGGAACUGGGAGUGACCAACACUUUGGAAAUAACAGAGUUCAUCGCUGAUCUAACAAACGAUUUCAAUACCGAGAACGGCAACAUUCGGGUGGGAAUGCAGACAAGUCAUUGCGGCACUGGAAACGUUGAACUUGGCGAGUACACAGAAGGCGAGGAACUCGCCAAGGCGUUCAAGAACACACCGGUAUCAUCCAUGGGACAUAUGGUUAAGCGACUACGUAUACACUCGUACACGGAAGAGAACGGCGGUAGAGACAGUGCCAGACAUAUGGCAGUCAUUUUCGUAGACGACGCAUUGUUUGACCCUGAAGCAGUUAUCAAAGAGGCAAAGAGGUCGAAACACCAAGAUGUUGAACUCUUCGUCGUCGCAAUUGGUGAUAGUGUGGUGGACAGUGAACUGGAAUCACUUGUCAGCCAUCCGACAGACAGGCACAUCAUCAGGGUAAACUCAUAUGAAGAUCUUAAACUCAGCAAACCAAAGUUUCUUGAACAGUUUUGUGUCGGUUUGUAGAACCUAACCAUAUAUCAUUAGAAUAGGCAACUAAUCAAAACUGUGUAAUGUGCAAUAGAUGAAGGGUAAAGUAACUCCCACGGUUCAGGGACAAGUAGUUCUCGAGUUAUGCCGAGUAUUAAUGUUUCGUGCGUGUAUCAGAGCGUUUAUGACUGCAUAAUUACGUCAUAUGGAGGGAGAGUGACAUUGUGUUCAGUAUUUUAUUGUAAUAAUUGUCGGUGCUUGUUCAUGCAUUCCCGCUGAAUCUUGACCAAAUGGAUGGCUAAGUCAGUAUUGUAUUUGAGAUUUACCAAUUUAAUGAUAUUUGCUAUUUAUUGAUUGCUCCACAUUGCUGUUUAUAUUUUAUACAAUUUUGUUAAUAAAACCAUAAAAAUUACAAAUACGUUCUUCGUUGAAAUUCAAU